CCGCUAAAUUCUCGCUGUAUGUCUCUGUCUUUGCUUUUACUUUCCUCGUUCAGUGAGAGGACCAAAAAUUGAUUGCAGAGUCGCACAUGAACCUCAAACUUCUCUCUCCUUUUUCCAGAGUACAUCAGAAUCGUUAAAACACGACGCCGUCUCAUAGACAAGAAGCUGCUUCUUCCUCUUGCCCUAAUUAAGCUACCCAACCAGGGGAGAAGGAUCAAGAAUCAAUAAAUAGAUUUGAGCUGGCGAAUAAACAGUGGUGGGAUAGGGAAUUAUUAGAUGCGGCGGCGAUGGAAGGCGGCUACGAGCAAGGCGGUGGAGCUUCUAGGUACUUCCAUAACCUCUUCAGACCAGAGAUUCACCACCAACAGCUUCAACAACAAGGCGGGAUCAAUCUUUUUGACCAGCAUCAUCAACAGCAACAACAUCAGCAGCAACAACAACAACAACCGUCAGAUGAUUCAAGAGAAUCCGAUCACUCAAACAAGGAUCAUCAUCAACCGGGUCUACCCGAUUCAGACCCGGCUACAUCAAGCUCAGCACCUGGGAAACGUCCACGUGGACGUCCACCGGGAUCUAAGAACAAAGCUAAGCCACCGAUCAUAGUGACGCGGGACAGCCCCAAUGCGCUUAGAUCUCACGUCCUUGAAGUAUCUCCUGGAGCUGACAUAGUUGAGUGUGUGUCCACUUACGCUAGGCGGAGAGGGAGAGGGGUCUCCGUUUUAGGAGGAAACGGCACCGUUUCCAACGUCACUCUUCGUCAGCCAGUCACUCCCGGAAAUAGCGGUGGUGGAGCCGGAGGAGGAGUUGUGACUUUACAUGGAAGGUUUGAGAUUCUUUCGCUAACGGGAACCGUUUUGCCACCACCUGCACCGCCAGGUGCUGGUGGUUUGUCAAUAUUUUUAUCCGGAGGGCAAGGUCAGGUGGUUGGGGGAAGCGUUGUGGCUCCGCUUGUUGCAUCAGCUCCGGUUAUACUAAUGGCUGCUUCCUUCUCAAACGCGGUUUUCGAGAGAUUGCCUAUUGAAGAGGAGGAAGAAAGAGGUGGUGGCGGUGUAGGAGAAGGAGAAGGACCACCGCAGAUGCAGCAAGCUCCAUCACCAUCUCCGCGGUCGGGGGUGACCGGUCAAGGACAGCUAGGAGGUAAUGUGGGUGGUUAUGGGUUUUCCAGUGAUCCUCAUUUGCUAGGAUGGGGAGCUGGUACGCCUUCAAGACCACCUUUUACUUAAUUUACGUUAUUGUCAAUGGAAAUUAUGUGUGUUUUAAUCAUUUUGUGGAGCCGUCUUUUCAUUUGGGAUCUUUGUAUUUAGUUGAUAUGCAUAUUUGAGUUCUCAUGUUUUUUAUUUUCUUUCUUUCUCUUCUCAUC